GUGGACCAAAGUUCAAGUACCAAGAGAAUUGGAGAGAAAAAGGGUCACCAUUUGCAAUUUGCCUUCACAAGGCAACACAAAAGUGGAUGAUGUGAUCAAUCACUCCUAAUAGUUUUUGUCUGCCAUAUGCAAUAUUAUAGUUCAUUCAUGAGAAGAUUCUUCAUUCUUCAUCUCUCUGUCUCACUCUAAUGAUCUCUUAUAUAUAUGUAUAGAUAUAUAAGAGAGCAUAAAACAAGGUCCAUAAACAAUAUUUCUUAUGGAGAAAUUGAUGAUGAUCAAUGGCUAUGAUAAAGAAUACAUGAAGAUGGCCAUGUUGAAGCAUGAAGAAACCUUCAAACAACAGGUGCAUGAACUUCAUCGUCUUUAUCAAAUUCAAAAGGGAUUAAUGAAAGAUAUUAAUAUUAUAGACCCAAUUCAUGACCACAUAGAGGAAUCCAUCGACGAAACUCAACUCGAUCUUACGUUAGGACCCACGAGUUUCAACCGUGAAAAGAAACAUUUGGAUCAAACACCGAGUUUUUCUUCGUCUAACUCAUCAACAACAAGAUCUAGCAAUUCUAAGAGGGAAUUGAGAGAAGGGUCGAGAAAUGGGAAGAAAUGGGAUCAAGGGGAUAAGUUUAUUGACAAGGGAUUCAAAAGAUCUGGAAAUAAUAUCAGUUUUGAUGAAGAGGGAAAAUUGAAUCGGCAAAAGGAUGGGAUGCCUUCUUGGCUUUAUGGAGGUAUGAGCUUGAAGAUGAGUUGAGUCAAAUGAAUUAGAUUAUCAUCAUAAGUUGUUUUUGUUUGUUUGUUUUCAUUUUAUUAUUUGUAUUUCUAAUUUAGAUGGGGGGUCCAAGGUAUAAUGAAGCAUGUAAUGUAACUAAAUAAAGCAUGAAAUAUAUAUAUAUUGCCUCAAUUAACAUAA